CCCUUGUCUUGUCUUUCCGCGUACCUUAUUUGGUUGACAUCCGUCCUUUUCGUGCUGUUUUAUAUCCGGUUUGAAGUAUUCUUGGAAGUUGCGGAUCGGCCUCUCAACCUUGCACGUGCUCACUUGCUAUCCCUGUCUCUAAUUGUUCUUCUACGAUUCUUCGCCGGGCAAUCGCGCAAUUGUCCCUUGCAUACCUCAAUUAUCUCUUCUGGGCGUGAUCGUGCACUUACACCAACAAAAAGAUGGCGGACGACCAUAUAAAAGGGACCGUAGAGUCAAAGAGCGAUGUUGAGGCUGAUUGUCAAGCACCGGUCGAUACGGUUUCCGGCCUCCCUCUGGAUGCGAAUCCGGCUGGCAAGAGUCGUUGGGAGCGCAGUUGGCCCACCAUCGCCUGCGGUGCUGGGCUUUUCUCUGAUGGAUAUCUGAACGGUAUAAUCGGACCUGUCAAUACGAUUCUCAAAAGACUCUAUCCGACAGAGUAUGCCAACUCAACUGCAAGCCAGAACGUUUCGUCGAUCACUUUCGUGGGGACUGUGGUGGGUAUGCUCAUUUUUGGUUACACAAGCGAUCAUUGGUCGCGCAAAUGGUCGCUGAUGAUCUCGACAAUCAUUCUAUUCAUCUUUGCUGCUCUAUGUGCUGGCGCAUACGGAUACAAUAACAGUCAUUAUGGCCUGUUCGCCGCACUGACAGCCUAUCGAUUCUUCUUGGGCAUCGGAAUUGGUGGAGAAUAUCCCGCAGGAAGUGUGGCAUGCGCCGAGAACACUGGGGAACUUAAAAAAGGCCAUCGAAAUCGUUGGUUUGUUAUGUUCACCAACUUCCAGAUUGACUUUGCAUAUGUCAUUUCGGCAUUGGUUUCCAUGAUUUUGGUUCUGAUUUUCACCGAGAAUCACCUACGCGCAGUCUGGCGUGUUGGGCUGGGACUGGGUGUCAUUCCUCCCUUGAGUCUGAUGUAUUUGCGGCUGAAGCUCGAAGAGCCUGAAGAGUUUGACCGAGAACGCAUGCACACUUUCCCGAUAUGGUUGAUUGUCAAGUUUUACUGGAAACGAUUGGCUGUACUCUCCCUCAUAUGGUUCUUGUAUGACUUUUCGUCCUAUUCCUUCAGCAUUUACUCUUCGGAUUGGAUAGCCAUAAUUCUGGGGGAUAGCGCUCCGCUUUGGAAGAGCUUCGGUUGGACAACCUUGACCUACUCGUUCUACAUUCCGGGAUCCUUUCUUGGUAGUCUGUCCAGUGACUGGAUUGGGCCCCGCAAUAGCUUGGCUAUCGGUGUACUUUUCCAAGGCAUCGUCGGAUUCAUCAUGUCAGGCUGCUAUGAGUAUCUUUCGACCCCGAAGAAUGUGGCGGCCUUCGUCGUGGUGUUCGGCAUCUUUUCCAGUCUUGGAGAGUUUGGCCCCGGUGACAACAUCGGCCUUUGCUGUGCGAAGAGUAGCGCGACCGCCGUCAGAGGUCAAUUUUAUGCCAUCGCUGCUGCCGCCGGGAAAAUUGGCGCUUUUGUUGGCACCUAUGUGAUUCCUAUCGUCCAGAAGAACGCACCCAACUCAGUCCGUGCAGGCCAGGAUCCAUUUUUCGUCUCGAGUUCCCUGUGUAUCUUCAGCGCGGCGUUAGCCUACUUCUUUCUGCCACAGAUUGGUCAGGAUACCAUCACGGACGAGGAUGCUAAGUUUCGUGCUUACCUCGAGACCCAUGGAUAUGAUACGAGCUUGAUGGGCAAUCACACGAGGCCCGAGGAGCAGUAA